CAGACGUGGUCCACAAAGAAGGAAGUUUGACAGUGAGCACGAACAAGUGAGUCCUGCUCGCUUCAUUCAGGCGGCGGCUCGUGGAUCUAGGAUGACAUAGAGAAAGGUGGGUGGGGGCGAUGUGAGCUGCAGGGUAGAAGAAGAAGAAAAAAAAGAAGAAGAAGGAGGAGGACGAGCAAACAUCGACGCCGCGCUUUUCCCGCCCCGCGUCACUCGGACAUCCACGCGCCAAAGAUGCUCAUCAAGGAAUUCCGCGUGAUUCUUCCUAUCUCGGUGGAAGAGUACCAAGUGGGCCAGCUGUACUCGGUGGCCGAGGCCAGCAAGAACGAGACGGGCGGCGGCGAAGGCGUGGAGGUGCUAAAAAACGAGCCUUAUGAGAAAGAUGGCGAGAAGGGACAGUACACGCACAAAAUCUACCACCUGCAGAGUAAAGUUCCGUCAUUCGUCAGAAUGUUAGCGCCCGCCUCAGCCCUCAACAUCCACGAGAAAGCCUGGAAUGCGUACCCGUACUGUCGCACAGUUAUUACUAAUGAAUACAUGAAGGACAACUUCCUGAUCAAGAUCGAGACGUGGCACAAACCCGACACGGGACGCAUGGAAAACGUGCACGGUUUGGACGGAGACACCUGGAAGAAGGUGGACGUGGUUUAUAUCGACAUUGCGGACAGAAGCCAAGUGGAUUCGAAGGACUACAAGUCCGAAGAGGAUCCCUGCAGGUUUAAGUCCAUGAAGACCGGACGAGGCCCUCUAGGACCAGACUGGAGGAAGGAGCUCCCCAACAAGAAGGACUGCCCACACAUGUGUGCCUACAAGCUGGUCACGGUCAAGUUCAAGUGGUGGGGCCUCCAGAACAAAGUGGAGAACUUCAUACAGAAGCAAGAGAAGCGUUUGUUCACCAACUUCCACCGUCAGCUGUUCUGCUGGAUCGACAAGUGGAUCGACUUGAACAUGGAGGACAUCCGCCGCAUGGAGGAGGAGACGCGCAAGGAGCUGGACGAGAUGAGAGUGAAGGACCCGGUCAAAGGCAUGGUGGCGCUAGAGGACUGAGGUUGGCUCUAGACUGUGAAUGCUGCUGCUCAUCAGACGCGACUCGGAGACACCAGCGGAUUCACGUCCUUUCUUUCCAACACGACACUUCCUCUGUACUUUUCAGGACGUGGACAAAAUGUGUUUUUCGUCUCCAUUGGCUGCACGGAGGCGCCCAAUAGAACACCCCUUCCCCCCCAUAGGUCCAUUGAUUGAUUGAUUGAAUGAUUGAUUGAUCGGUUAGUCAUGUCUGUCAGCAAUGUAGGAUUUCAUGAAUAUUACAAUCUUGUACAUAAACAAACACAGUAAGUCAUUGUAUUGAAUAAUGCAGUAUUUAUAUAUACUGUACAUAUAAAUAUAAAUAUAUAUAUAUAUAUAUACAUAUAUAUGUUAAAAGGGUUUUUAAAAUUAUUUUGAGUUUAUUCGUGGACUUUUUAUUUGUUCUUCCUCAAAUUGUUUCUCCGCCGUGUUUUUCUUUUUUUUUUUAAUUCCUAUUUCAUAACGUCGUCUACGGAGGUUAAUUUGUUUCUUUAUUCCGGAAAAAAAAAAUGUUGACCCUGAAAUUUAUGUAACUGAACUUUUCGCAUUUAAUUUAAGCUGACAUUUUCAUUCAAAAAUAAUUAAAAGUUAAGCAAUUAUUUGUGUAAAAAAAAAUAAUUGUCUAAAAAUUAAUUGGAAAAACAUUCACUGUAUAAAAAUUACUGUAUAAAAAUUCAGUGUAAAAAAUUCAGAAUACAAAAAUAACUGUAAAAAACUUAAUUGUACACAAAUUCAGUGCGAGCAUAUUCUGCAUUAUUUUUUGGACACUGAAUUUUUAUACACUGAAAUGUUUUUGCACUGAAUUUUAUACACUCAUAUUUUUACACAAUAAAAUAUAAAAAACUAUAUUUUGACGAACUGAAUUUUCAAAAACACAGAUUUUACUCAGAAUUUUGUUUAUCAAUAAAAUUGUCAGCAUAAGUAAAAGUAAAACAAAAUAAAUAAAAAAAUCAGUUACAUAAAUUUAGUGUAAAAAAAAUGUUUUGUGAUAAAGACACAAACUAACCUUCAUAGUCGGUAUUUUAGUUCCUUUUGUGUCACAUCGUGUUUGCCUUGUGGAGUGUGUAUGUGUUAGUGUGUGUGUGCGCGCGCGUAUGUGUGUUUGUGUGUGUGUGUGUGUUGACGGGAGGUAAUUAAAAAGCGAGGAAUGACCGACAAGAAAAACGACAACGUUCAUCAAUUAAAAACCUUCAGCCUGGUUUCCACUGACUGAGGGUACCACUUUUGGUACCACUUUUGGUAGCAAGCGCAGUGAAAAGGGGGCGGAGCUAGGCGUGCAGUGUGUUGAUUGGUCGCGGGGCAGGAGCCACGUUCAGCCCACAGCUUUGUUUUUUUAUUGGCCCUUCAAAAUAUAACGAUAAUUUAAUAAAUGAUAAUAUAAAUGA